AUGAGUCCUACUGUUGGCAGGCAGCCCAGCCACAUCCUCGAGCGGGUGCCGCGAGUCGUCAACCCGUUCGGGUUGCGGCCGUUUGCGCCGGGCAUGUGCGGCCACGCGGGGAUGGCCUUGACCGCGGUCUCGCUCUUUCCGAUCCGUCUCAUCGUCCUCAUCGUGGCCGUCCUGAUCGCCGGCGCCCUGGCGGUGCUCGCCACCAUCGGAGCCGACGGAUCAAAGCCCCUCAACGCCGCCCGGCGGCUUCUGCUCCACCCGAUCCAGUGGCUGGCGCGAGUCGCCCUGUGGUGCCUCGGCUACUGGAGGAUCCCCGUGACGCGCCCCGACGCAGUUCAAGGCGUCAAGACGCCGCGAGUCCUCGUCUCGGCGCCGCACUACUCGCUCAUCGACGUCUUCUUUUGGACCUAUUACGAGAUGCCCAUGACGCUCUCCCACCACGGCGUCGCGUCCAUCCCGAUUGUCGGGAGGAUCGCCCGCGCGAUGGAGACGAUCUUCGUCGACCGGCGCACGGCGGAGGCGCGGGCCGAGGCGGCCAACACCAUCAAGCGGCGCUGCCUCGAGCCGGGCUGGCCGCGCCUGCUUGUCUUUCCCGAAGGGACCGUCACCAACGGCUCUGCCCUCAUCCAGUUCCGGCCGGGCGCCUUUGCCGUCGGGGAGGCCGUGCAGCCGGUGAUCCUGCGGUACGGGACCCGCCCCCUAGACGUGUCGGGCGCCGUGCGCGGGUACGAGGUCUUCCUGUACGCCAUGCUCCAGCCCGCAAACUCGCUGUCGGUCGAGUUCCUCUCUCCGGCCGUGCCGUCCCAAGCCGAGCUGUCCGACCCGCGCCUCUUCGCAGGCAACGUGCGCGCGGCGAUGGCGGCGGCGCUGGGCGUGCCGUGCACGAACCACAGCUACGAGGACGCGUGGCUGGCCGCAGUGGCGCACGAGGGCGGCCGCGAGGUCGCGCAGACCUUCGAGGUCAAGUCGCUCGCGCCGCUGCUGCAGCUGGACGCCGACGGCCUCGUCGAGCUGCUGCGUCGCUUCCACCGGCUCGACUCGAACGGCUCCGGAAGACUCGAGUACGAAGAGUUUGUGGACGCGCUCGACCUGGCGGGCGCGGCGCCCGGCUACGCGCGGCGCCUCUUCCGCCUCUUCGACACCGACGAGUCGGGCUCGCUCUCCUUCGCGGAGCUCACCCAGGGCCUCGCCCCGCUCGACCGGCUCAAGCUCGCCUUCAUCACCUGCGACCUCGACGCGGAGGGCGGCGUCACCCUCUCCUCGCUCCGGCGCGUCGUCGCCUACGCCGCCGAGCGGCAGCGCGCGUCGACGGGAAGGGCGCCCAUCGACGCCGAGCGGCUCGAGGCUGCCUUUGCGGCGUCCGACCGCGACGGCGACCGGGCGCUCGACUUCAACGAGUUUUGCUCGCUCGUCGAGGCGAAUGCCGAGCUGCUCGGGAUUGCGUCGGAGAUGGCUCGCGGGAGGCUCGAGGGCUCGGCGCUGUCGCGCUUCGUCGAGGAGGCGCGGGAGAUGAAGGAGGUGCGCCGCUCGCGGUCCAAGCAACAGAUGCGCUCGGACAAGGGCGGUAACGGGAAGGCGGCCGCGGGUGGGUACAUGCGGCUGGAGGGCGAGGAAGACGGCGGGUGA